AUCUGCCUUUUUCCUGUUUCAGAUUAGGUUCUCUCUCUCUCUCUCUCUCUCUCUCUCUCUCUCUCUCUCUCUUCCUGUUUCAGAUUAGGUUCUCUCUCUCUCUCUCCUUCGCUCGCUGGCAUGUCGGUAACCGCAGCGAUUAACGCCGUCACAGUGACGCCUUAGCGUAGUCCCUGUUCACCCGGGUCCCAGCCUCGACCCCGCACGGACCGCGAGGGUGGGUAGCUGCGGGCGGGCGCAGAAAAGAGGAGGGGCGGGGCCUUGGUCGGGAGGGGUAUGGGAGGGGCGGGGUGUGGGAAUGGGUGGGGUAUAGGAUGGGCAGGGCCUGGGGGCGGGGCCCGGGAAAUUCCCCGGCGCGGGCAGGGAGCGGCUGCGGGUCAGCUGAGCGGCGCUGGGCGGGGUAGCAAGGCCCCGCAUCAGCCCCAGGCUUCCCAAGCCCUGCUGCCCGCUCCGCCGCCGCCACCCCCCGGCAGGUUCCCUGAUCAGCGUCCCAUCCUGGUCGGGAGUUCUCUCCAGGCGACAAGAUGCCGAGGAAACAGUGACCCUGAGCGAAGCCAAGUCGGGCGGCAGCCCCCCCACCCCGGGAAAACGAAACUGUAUUCUCGAAGGCAACUGGACACUGUAUUAUGUCCUGCCGAACCCCCGCCCUUACUUAGGCAGAGGCACGAACUUCUGCAAUGUCCCAUCAACCUCUCAGCUGCCUCACUGAAAAGGGGGACAGCCCCAGUGAAAGCACAGGAAAUGGACCCCCACAUCUGGCCCACCCAAACCUGGACACGUUCACCCCGGAGGAGCUGCUGCAGCAGAUGAAAGAGCUCCUGACCGAGAACCACCAGCUGAAAGAAGCCAUGAAGCUAAAUAAUCAAGCCAUGAAAGGGAGAUUUGAGGAGCUUUCGGCCUGGACAGAGAAACAGAAGGAAGAACGCCAGUUUUUUGAGAUACAGAGCAAAGAAGCCAAAGAGCGUCUAAUGGCCUUGAGUCAUGAGAAUGAGAAACUGAAGGAAGAGCUUGGAAAACUAAAAGGGAAAUCAGAAAAGUCAUCUGAGGACCCCACUGAUGACUCCAGGCUUCCCAGGGCAGAAGCGGAGCAGGAAAAGGACCAGCUAAGGACCCAGGUGGUGAGGCUACAAGCAGAGAAGGCAGACCUGUUGGGCAUCGUAUCUGAACUGCAGCUCAAGCUGAACUCCAGCGGCUCCUCAGAAGAUUCCUUUGUUGAAAUUAGGAUGGCUGAAGGAGAAGCAGAAGGGUCACUAAAAGAAAUCAAGCAUAGUCCUGGGCCCACAAGAACAGUCUCCAGUGGCACGGCAUUGUCUAAAUAUAGGAGCAGAUCUGCAGAGGGGGCCAAGAAUUACUUGGAACAUGAGGAGUUAACUGUGAGCCAGCUCCUGCUGUGCCUAAGGGAAGGGAAUCAGAAGGUGGAGAGACUUGAAAUUGCACUCAAGGAGGCCAAAGAAAGAGUUUUAGAUUUUGAAAAGAAAGCAAGUAAUCGUUCUGAGAUUGAAACCCAGACAGAGGGGAGCACAGAGAAAGAGAAUGAUGAAGAGAAAGGCCCGGAGACUGUUGGAAGCGAAGUGGAAGCACUGAACCUUCAGGUGACAUCUCUGUUUAAGGAGCUUCAAGAGGCUCAUACAAAACUCAGCGAAGCUGAGCUAAUGAAGAAGAGACUUCAAGAAAAGUGUCAGGCCCUUGAAAGGAAAAAUUCUGCAACUCCAUCAGAGUUGAAUGAAAAGCAAGAGCUUGUUUAUACUAACAAAAAGUUAGAGCUACAAGUGGAAAGCAUGCUAUCAGAAAUCAAAAUGGAACAGGCUAAAACAGAGGAUGAAAAGUCCAAAUUAGCUGUGCUACAGAUGACACACAACAAGCUUCUUCAAGAACAUAAUAAUGCAUUGAAAACAAUUGAGGAACUAACAAGAAAAGAGUCAGAAAAAGUGGACAGGGCAGUGCUGAAGGAACUGAGUGAAAAACUGGAACUGGCAGAGAAGGCUCUGGCUUCCAAACAGCUGCAAAUGGAUGAAAUGAAGCAAACCAUUGCCAAGCAGGAGGAGGACCUGGAAACCAUGACCGUCCUCAGGGCUCAGAUGGAAGUUUACUGUUCUGAUUUUCAUGCUGAAAGAGCAGCGAGAGAAAAAAUUCAUGAGCAAAAGGAGCAACUGGCAUUGCAGCUGGCAGUUCUGCUGAAAGAGAAUGAUGCUUUCGAAGACGGAGGCAGGCAGUCCUUGAUGGAGAUGCAGAGUCGUCACGGGGCGAGAACAGGUGACCCUGACCAGCAGGCUUACCUUGUUCAGAGAGGAGCUGAGGACUGGGACCGGCGGACACAGCUGAAUAUUCCGAUUCAUUCCUGCCCCAAGUGUGGAGAGGUUCUGCCUGACAUAGACACGUUACAGAUUCACGUGAUGGAUUGCAUCAUUUAAGUGUUGAUGUGUCACCUCCCCAAAACUGUUGGUAAAUGUCAGAUUUUUUCCUCCAA